GAAGAGGCGGAGGGUCCCUCUCGCCUUCGGCUUCUCCCUGCCUGGCCGCCGGUGUCCCGCCCGCCGCCGCCCCGCACAGCCUGGCCCGACCCACGGCGAUGGCGCAGCCGCGGGACCCGCGGCGCCUCUUUAGACUUGUGCAGGAGGGCCGGCUACGCGCCCUGCAGGAGGAGCCGCCGGCGGCUGGCUGCCCGGGGCCGGCCGGGGAUACCCUCCUGCACUGCGCCGCGCGCCACGGGCGUCGGGACGUGCUGGCCUAUCUGGCCGAGGCCUGGGGCAUGGACAUCGAGGCCGCCAACCGAGACUACAAGCGGCCCCUGCACGAGGCGGCCUCCACGGGGCACCGGAACUGCGUGCGCUACCUGCUGGGCCGGGGGGCAGCGGUCGACUCCCUGAAGAAGGCCGACUGGACUCCUCUGAUGAUGGCCUGCACAAGGAAGAACCUGGGGGUGAUCCAGGACCUGGUGGAACAUGGCGCCAAUCCACUCCUGAAGAACAAAGAUGGCUGGAACACUUUCCACAUUGCCAGUCGAGAAGGCGACCCUCUGAUCCUCCAGUACCUGCUCACUGUUUGCCCAGAUGCCUGGAAGACAGAGAGCAAAAUCAGAAGAACUCCUCUGCACACUGCAGCAAUGCAUGGCCAUUUAGAAGCAGUCAAGGUGCUUCUUAAGAGGUGCCAAUAUGAACCAGACUACAGAGACAACUGUGGCGUCACCCCUUUGAUGGACGCAAUCCAGUGUGGUCACAUCGACAUCGCUAGGCUGCUCCUCAGUGAACAUGGGGCUUGUCUUUCAGCAGAAGACAGCCUGGGUUCCCAGGCUCUGCACAGGGCAGCCGUCACAGGGCAGGACGAAGCCAUCCGAUUCUUGGUCUCUGAACUUGGCGUCGAUGUAGAUGUGAGAGCCACAUCAACCCACCUCACAGCACUUCAUUAUGCAGCUAAGGAAGGACAUAUAAGUACAAUUCAGACUCUUUUAUCCUUGGGAGCUGACAUCAACUCUAAAGAUGAAAAAAAUCGAUCAGCCCUGCAUCUGGCCUGUGCAGGUCAGCACUUGGCCUGCGCCAAAUUUCUCCUGCAGUCAGGACUGAAGGAUUCUGAAGACAUCACGGGCACCCUGGCUCAGCAGCUCACAAAGAGAUCAGAUGUCCUUUGGGGCUCUGGCCACAGUUCAAUGACAUAAGGAUGUUUCCAAGAGGAGGCAAUAAAGCGCAUGAGUCUGGCUCUGUCACCCAGGCUGGAGU